AGGCAAAAAAGCAAAACACAAUCACAUAGCACAGCACAGCACAGCACAGCACAGCGCAGCGCAGCGCAGCGCAGCAUACAGUAUCAAAGCAGAGCCUGCUUGCUUCAUUGAUCGAUCGAGUGCUCGAUUUCCCGUUCCGGAUUCCUUCCCCUCCCUCCCUCGACGCAUCCAAGGCCAUCGCCAUGGCCGUCCCGGGAGAAGACGACGAGGCGGUUCUGGAAAGCAUGAAAGCCCGCAAGGAGGCCUUUGUGACGGGCCACGGGGGAUCCGACCAUCCCUGGGAAAUCCUGUGGGUCUGUUCCUCCGCCCUCUGGGGCUGCUGGCUGUACGCCGAGCUCGCGGCGGCCGGGAGGGGCUCCGGCGGCCAGCGCACACAAGGAUUCCUUCCGGAGGCCCUGGUGGUGUGGUUCCCGCUCGUCCUGUCCCAGACCAAGCACCUGUACCCGUACGGGAGCCUCUGGAUGGCCGGGGAGAUUCUGCUGGCGGCGUGCCUGUCGGCGAGGCGGGGGGGGACGAUCGACCGGCCAAGAACCGGGGGAGACGCCGAGAAGAGCACCACCGGCGACCGCCGUCUCUUCCUGACGCUGUACCGGUCCUCCAUCUACUACCUGACCUUUGUGGCCAUUCUGGCGGUAGACUUCGACCUCUUUCCCCGCCGCUUUUGCAAGACGGAGGUGGCCGGGUACGGCCUGAUGGACCUGGGGGCCGCCUCCUUUUGUAUCUCGGGGGGGAUUGUUUCGGGGAGGGGGUGGAACCACGACCACAGGAACGGCAAGGGCAAGGGCAACGGCCGGUGGGACUCCCUCAAGCCGCUGGUCAGGGCGGCCCCCCUGGUGGCCAUCGGAAUCGUCCGGACGGUCGCCAACAAGGAGCUCGACUACCAGGAACACGCGAGCGAGUACGGGGUCCACUGGAACUUUUUCUUCACGCUGGGGGUCCUUGCGGUGGUGCAGCCGCUGCGGAAGCGGAUUUUGCUGGGGCUGGGGGGACGCGGGGGGUUCGCGGCGGUGGCGGUGGCCUGGGCGCCGGUGGUGGCCAUGCUGGCCUACCAGCACGGCCUGUCGGCGAGGGGGUGGCAGUCCUUUGUCGAAACGGCCCCGCGGGGGCCGCCGCUGGGAGGCGGAGGAAGCACGGUUGAGCGAUUCUUUUUCGCCAACCGGGAGGGGAUCCUGGGGUGCAUCGGGUACGUCUUUUUGCACGCGUCGGGGGAAUGGAUCGGCCGGUGCUUUGUGUUUGUAGACGACAACAGAAACGAAGACAAGGACGAGCGCGGUGGCAGCACACAAAAGCAAAAGCCUUCGAUGGGAAAGCUGGCCAUCGCCCUGUGGGUGCUCUGGUGGGUCCUCUCGGGUAGGGGGGGCACCGAACCACUGGGUGGCGGCGGCAACCACGAAGACGACGGCUACUACUACGACUAUUUCUACGAACCCUUGCCCGUUUCCCGGCGGUCUACCAACCUGGCCUUUUGCGUCUGGGCACUGGCCCACAACGUGGCGCUCCUCUGGGCCUUUGGGGCGCUCGAGACGUGGCUCCGGACCAGCGGCCGUAGGGAGAACAACAACGCCCCGGUGGUCGUUCCGCCGACCUGGGCCGCCGUCAACCGCCACGGCAUGAUCGCCUUUCUGGUGGCCAACCUCCUGACGGGACUCGUCAACCUCACGGUACCGACCAUCGACACGGGCGACGGCCCGGCCCUGUGCCUGCUGGUGGCCUACCUGGCCGGGAUCGGAGCGGCGGUCCACCUGUGCGACCGGUGCCUGGGAAGGCCCCCGCGCCGGGAUCCCCUCAAACGCGACUGAGGCAACGCGAUGCCGAGCCGAGCCGGCCUACCAACUCCCCGGGGGGGCUGGACCGAAGAGCACCAAACGGAUCCCCUCCGGCCGGCAGGGAGGRAAACCCCCGACAAGAGGCGUCGGGCCGCUCCGGGGAGGAGCACUCGCCUGUGAGCGUGUCCGUGUCCGUAUACGGAUGCACGCACGCAGGGGAUGGCGCUGGGCGCUUUCUCUUUCUUGGAACCCGUCGGACGGCACAAUGGUACGAGUGCGCUAGAGGGUGGGUCGGCUCGGCUCGGCUCGGCUCGACUCUGAAAUCACCCACGCCGACCCAACAACAAAACAUGGAAUUCCAACCCAAGACGGAACAAAAUGAAUUGUCCAGAGAGAGGUGUUGAUACUAUUUUCUCGGAAAAGAGACAAGCUGUUCCUCUCGUAGACUCCGUACAGAAAAUAUACCAUCUUAGAAAUUUCCCGAGCAGAAAAUGUACCAGGUUAGAACCUUUCUUGGCCCCUUAGGUGGUACUUACAUAAUGACAUCUAGAUAGUGAAGCCAUUCUGUUAUCCUCCUUGCUACUUAUUUUGCAUCCCCAGAGAACUGAAUUAAAAAGUUGGGGUGGGGCCGUUUAUUCGUGGUUCGGACUCAAUAGUUUUCGACCUUCUUAGGCCGAUACACUGAACAGUACUUACGUAGUAGUAAGCCCAAAAAGAGGUAUUCGGUAUUCGCGGACUUAGCCUGUCGAUAGUUUUCAAUAGAUCUAGUAGGCAAAA